AUGGCAAAACUACAUGUUGUUGUAGUUGGUGCUGGAGUAAUAGGACUGUCAGUAGCUACACAUCUUCUGGAGGAAUUUUCUGAUCAUUUACAGGUGAUAAUAAUAGCUGAUAAGUUCUCCCCUAACACUGUUGCCAGUGACAGAUCUGGAGGAUGGUUCUUCCCACCAUCUCAAGGUAGCAAGUGUCCAGGAAAUCCCGAGAGAGAGGCAAGAUGGACUAAAGGAACAUUUGAUAGGAUGCACAAACUAUACAAUUCUGCUGAAUGCAGCAAAAUAGGAUUGUCUGCUGUAGAUGGUUAUCUGGCUUCGAAACAUCCAGUAACUCCUGGUAUGAAACCACCGUGGUCUGAUUUUGUGAUUGGGUAUCGAAUUGCCGUUGAAUCAGAGCUCAAACUCUGUCAAUGUCAAGGAAGAACCCUCUUAGCAUUUACAACCUUCAUUAUAUCAUGUCCCACUUAUUUGCCAUGGUUACUGGACAAAUUCACUCAGUUAGGUGGAGUUAGUGAGCAACGAAAGAUUAAUAAUCUAUCAGAGCUUGCUUCAUAUGAUGUAAUUAUAAAUUGUACUGGUCUUGGAGCUCGAGAGCUUGUCAACGAUCAAAAAAUGUACCCAACGAGAUGUCAUAUUGUCUCUGUGAAAGCACCUUGGCUCAAACAGUGGCACAUAAGACAUGAAUCGGAUCAUGAUCAAGUGGCUUAUAUCUUCCCUCGAACUGAUGAAGUUCUUCUAGGAGCACAUGAAAUGCACAAUGAAGAUUUGUCUCAAGUUGAUCAAGAUCAGAUACAAGGGAUUUUAGACAGAUGUCAGAAAACUAUACCAGGUUUGGUUAAUGCUGAAAUUAAAGAUACUUGGGUAGGUAUUCGCCCAAUGAGAGAAGGUGGAGUUCGACUUGAGAAGGAAAAUAGUGGAGAGAAAGAAUCACCAGUUGUUAUCCAUUGCUAUGGACAUGGUGGGGACGGUAUCACUUUGAGCUGGGGAUGUGCUGAGGAAGUCGAGUUUGAACAAGAGAUUCUGACGAAAAGUGUUGUUGUACCACUGCUAUAUCUGUACAUCCUGUAUAAGUUUAGUGCUGGAGUAAUAGGACUGUCAGUAGCUACACAUCUCCUGGAGACGUUCUCUGAUCAUCUUCACGUGACGAUAAUAGCUGAUAAAUUCUCUCCUAACACUGUUGCCAGUGAUAGAUCUGGAGGACUAAUUAUGCCACCUGAUCCUGAAUAUACCCUACCAGGAACACAGGACGGCUAUCAAGAUGG